AUGCGUCAAAAGCGCGUGCGCGUACUUUUAAUCUCAUUUCCCGUUAUUCUUCGUUUCAUCAUAUCUAUCUAUCUCUCUAUCUAUCUAUCUAUCUAUCGUUCUGAUCUGUUCCUAUCUACCAUUCGGGGGCCGGAUGAUGAUCAUGAUGAAGAUCUAUCUAUCUAUCUAUCUAUCUAUCUAUCUAUCUAUAUAUAUAUAUAUAUAUAUCACAGUUCAUAUAUUUUUUAUCUGCCUCAGCCUUCUGUUCAUAUCUAUGUUCAUAAUCUGUCACAAUUUCUAUCUAUCUAUCUAUCUAUCUAUCUGUAUGCCUAUCUAUCUAUCUAUCUAUCUAUCUAUCUGUAUGCCUAUCUAUCUAUCUAUCUAUCUAUCUAUCUCACCAGUUCAUAUCUAUCUAUCUAUCUAUCUAUCUAUCUAUCUAUCUAUCUCAGCCUGUUCAUAUCUAUCUAUCUAUCUAUCUAUCUAUCUAUCUAUCUAGGAGUUAAAUAG